AUGGCCGCUCAAAACGAACAGCAACAAGAACAAUCGCCCGGCAAAAACGACGCCAAGGCCCCUGAACAGGGGAACGGCGAGCCAAAGCCGAGCCCGGACAAGACUGAGGAGCAGAGCGCUCAGCAGAAGAAGAGCAAGAGCGAGGAGGCCGAAGACGGGUCUGACGGUGAAUCCGGCGGCGAGUUUGAAGAUGCCGAAGAUGACGACGACGAUGAUUAUGACGAGGACGAUGACGACGAUGACGCUGAGUUGAGCGACGAUAGAACCAGCGACGAGGAGGAAGAGGAAGAAGCUCAGCCCGCAACGCCCGAGGACGUCGGCCGCCAGCAGCAAGACAAGACGGCCCUGUCUCGCCCCAAGAAACAGCGGCCGGCCUGGCUCGAUGAGAAGCAAGACCAGCAACUGGCCCGCGGGAACCAGAGGCCGCAGCAACAACAGCAGCAGCUGCAGCAGCAGCAGCAGAACCAACAACAGAACCAACAGCAGAAUCAGCAAGAGGGUAAAAAGGACGACGGCAAGAACCCGCUCAAGCUGCGGCUCGAUCUAAACCUCGAUAUAGAGAUUGAGCUGCGGGCCCGCAUCCACGGCGACCUGACGCUGUCUUUACUCGACAUGGACUGA